AUGUCUUCCGAAGGAACAAUCGACGCCGACGCCUACACGGCACCCUUCAUGCUCACCAAAUCCAUACAUCGUGACGUUUAUCCAGUCAUCGAUCCAGCCCGCAACCCAGGUGUCAGAGCUGAUGGCAAGGUUGUUGUCGUAAAUGGUGCGACCGGUGGAUUAGGAUUUGCCGUCGCUCGAUCUUUCCUGACUGCUGGCGCCAAAGGGGUUGCGCUUGUUGGCCGCAACCUGGAAAAGUUGAGGCUUGCAGCAGAUGAGCUCGGUGCAGGCGCCAAGGUGCUUCCCAUUACUGCGAAUAGUAUUGUUCAAGAUGAGGUGGAUUCGAUUUUCACUCAGACUCGCGAGCACUUUGGCCGCGUCGACUUUCUUGUCAACGCCGCUGGUACUAUGAGUGUAGGGCCCAUCGGAACGCUUUCGUCUUCGGACUGGUGGCAGAACUUCGAGGUCAAUGUCCAUGGCGUUUACAAUAUGUGCCAUGGAUUCAUCAAGGAGACCAAUGGGCAAGGCACCAUCAUCAACCUCGUCAGCCUGGGUGCAUCGUUCCUGAUGCCCGGAAUGUCGGGCUAUAGUGCUUCCCAGCUAGCCACCAUCAAGCUCGGAGAGUUCCUCGACCUGGAGCAGCCCAAGCUUCGCGUCUUCUCUGUCCACCCUGGCAUGGUUGAAGCUGAGAAUGGCCGCGGGAUGGUCGUUGAACCCCUCCUGCCGUUCUCGAAGGACAAAGCUGGUUUGACUGGAGCUCUCACAGUAUAUCUUACGACUGAUAAAGCAGAUUUCUUAAGGGGAGGGUACCUUCAUGCUAACUGGGACGUGGAGGAACUUGAGGCCCACAAGGACGAAAUUGCCGAGAAGAAGCUCGUGAAGCUUGGUUUCAUCAAUGGGAACAUGCAGCCGGGUGGAUAUCCGUGGUCAUCUUGA